CGGGGCGGGCGGCUGUAAACAAACAGGGCGGCGGGCCAUGGCGGCGGCUGCGGGCCGCGCCGGGGCACUGUGAGUGCUGGUGUCUGUCGGGGCGGGCGGCUCCGGUGUGCUCCCCGUGUGGGGCUGGCGGCACACAUGGAUGACAGCAAGGUGGUUGGAGGCAAGGUAAAGAAACCAGGCAAGCGAGGUCGUAAACCAGCCAAAAUAGACUUGAAGGCAAAACUUGAAAGAAGUCGUCAGAGUGCCAGAGAGUGCAGAGCCAGGAAGAAGCUGAGGUACCAGUACCUGGAAGAGCUGGUUUCAAGCAGAGAGCGAGCCAUCUGUGCUCUCAGAGAAGAGCUUGAAAUGUACAAGCAGUGGUGCAUGGCGAUGGACCAAGGGAAAAUCCCCUCUGAAAUAAAAGCCCUGCUAACUGGAGAGGAGCAAGGCAAAGCACAGCAGAACGCGACCAAACUUGCCAAGGCUGGGAAGACAGAAGCAAACAGCAGCAAUCCCUUGAGUGUGUGCAGCUGGUUCUUUCUCUCAAACAUCGAAGAAAGGAAAAAAGCCUGGAAAUGCUUCAUUUUCCCACUUGCCAUGGAAAUCUAAUUGUCAGCUAGAACCUUUGCCCAGCUAAAGGGUGAAGAUUAAUCUACAUCACUAAUUAUUCUAGUUCUUGCUGGCAUCCCACGAAGAGGUGGAGAUUUGAUAUCAUAGCUCCAUUUGCUACUUUCCAAGAAAUCGUAAUCUCUACAAUUAGCUAUAAAACUACUGUUAAUGUAAGGACCAAAUGUUUGAGACUAGUCUAAAAAUGCAGAGGAAUCGGAGGAAAAGCUGAAAUAAGAACCCUAGUCUUGGUUAUGCUGAAGAGUUACAGCAUGAGUGACACAGGAUCAGCUGAUGUAAAAAUCCCUGUUGUAGGUAGGCAAGUCAAAACACCAGCUUCUAAGUGUCCUGCUAUUAGUACCACUGAGCAUUAAUUUCUGUGUAAGUUAUGUCAAUAACUGAAUUUCUUGUAUGACUGUUGUGAAUUUGUGUGAGAAAACAGAAGCUUCUACUCCACAGUAAAAUCUGAGGUAUCCCGUAACGAGUAGUGCAUCAAUGGACUAAAAUUCAACUGAUGCUAUAUUUAUGGAAUGUGUAGAUUUGUGUAUGUGGCUAAAGAAGUAGAAUUUUUAGUGCCAGUUUUGCCGUUGCCUUAAGUAAUUUCUGCAAAAGCUGGUGCUUGAUAUUAUUUAUACCAUUAUUUGUGUUUUCUUUAUCUUACUUUAAAUUGUAACUAGAAAAUGCUGUUGUUCAGCUAAUGAUUUUCAGCAACACUUCAUUAAAAAAGAAACUUAAAAAAACCUAGACAAAUGACUCUUGCUUUCUUUUUUCCUCCAUAAAAAGCACUUGGGAUGUGGAAACUUUGCUUCUUUAAGUAGUGCAAAGUUAGCCCUCCUUUUUUGUGUCUGCCUGUAAUUCACAACUGGCUUAAUCAAUGCUGGUAACUGCUGCUUCAAGCAAUUCUUGUGUAUGAUCUCUGUAUGUUAGGGUGGGCAAUGGUGACAUUCCUAACUAUGCUGCAGCUGAUAGGUAUUCUGAUGAUGAAAUAAAUACAUGAAUAAGUGGAUUAUAAAAUGUGUGUUUUCAGGGACUGUUUUCAAUGUGAAUAGAAGUAGCUUGCAAUGAAAGGUGACUUUUUUCCGUACCAUCUUUCUCAUGGCAACUUUCAAAAUAUAUUUUGAUGAAUUUAUACAGUGCUGGUGACAGCACUGCUGCAUAUUCCUGUGGUAGAGCAUACCAGCAGUGUCCUCCAACUUCAGCAUCUCCUUAAUGUGGCAUGCUCUGAAUGCCUGCUGGUGUAAGAACAAUUUGUUCCUACUCACUAUGGAACAUAGAUCCUGCCGUGUUGCUAGGUCAGUGUUUUCUGUUUUGCAUUUCUGGGCUUUUUCUUUCCUCUCCCUGUUGAAAUGUACUUUUCAGUAUGCAUUCCUCUUUCCCUACAGAAAGAGAGUCUUCUGUGAAUCUCCUUUCUUCCCCAAGUGGCCUGGCAGCUGUUUUCUAAAGCUGUCAAGGGUUCCCUUUCCAGAGGACUACAUACAAGCUUGAGUUAGUUAUUCUGCUGUUUCUCUGUGCCUCUGCACGCAUGCUGUACCUCACCCACUGACUCACACUGAAUACACCUUCUGCAUUUUAAGCUUUCAGUAAUGUUAAAUACCCCUUCUGCACUGCAAGCUCUUGAUAGUAUCACCCUUUGUAGCUCAGGUCCCACUUGUUUCUCAGCCUAGCGGAAGCAGUGCUGCUAUCUGCUCGCCCCAGAGCGGUUUUUUGCUUGUUCAAACAUUCUUCUGUUCAGCUGUAUGAUCAGGAGGAAAACUGUUAGCAGACAGCAGCAGCAGGUGGCAACGAUGAUGAUGUUCAGUUGUAGGUGUUAAGCAUGUGUAGAAACAGUUCUGCUACUCACAAUGUUUUAAGUCUGGUUUGUUGUGUUGGGUUUUUUUUCACUUGGAAACACUGAGGUUUAGAUUAUUGUUACUUGUAAAAUUUAACUUCUGUAAAAUUCCAGGUUGUCCAGCAUGUUCACCAGCAACAGUGUUUUCAGACAAAGGGGUAAGUUCAGCUUGGGUUUAGGGACCCGAAACACUCUAUCGAGCUAGGGGGGAAUUAAUUUGUGAGAAAGUUUUGGCCCAAAGGCCUUUAUCUCACAAGCAUUAGCCAGGUAAGGUUUCGUCAGAGUACAUAGGAUAACAGUGUUAGCUUUCCAUUUAAACCUAGAAACCUGUCAGGGAUCUCAGACAGAGAAAGGAGAAGGAGGUAUCACCUAGAUUUCUGAUCAGCUAAUUACUCUUGUGACAAGUAUUUGUGCAAACCUUCAGAAAACUCUAGCUUGCUUACACUGCAGGGAUCUGUGGAUGAGAACAGAGAGCGUUACCAUUCUCACUUCAGCAAGCUGCAUUUCUUGUGACUUCGUUCUUAGGGUUUCUCGCCUUCCAAAAUAAAAUAGUAAUUAGCUUUUUAAUUACUAGUAUAUCAAUGGAACCAAAGUGGAUUGCUGCGGGUGUUUGAGAAACAGCCAAUUAACUACUUCAGCUUUUGGGAUUUACAUAAUCUUGUGUCUUUUUGCAGUAGCUCCUUAAUGUUGUCAUCUUUUCAAUCCAAUGCCACUGAAGGAGCGGCAUUGUUAAUUAAGCUGAUACUGUCUGCAUGUGCUGGCAGAUAAAAAAGGCUGGCUGACAGCUAGGGAAUGAUGAUGAAGGUUGUCUGUUUUAAUCCUCUGCCAUGGGUUUCUUGCGGAACGAGCACAAUUGCAGUUCUGUGGAUGUAUUAAUAAAAAUACGUAGGCAGAAUGAUGAAUGGCCCCUUGUGACUGCUUGUAUUUACCUUGCAUUUUUUUCUGAAUCAUGCUCUUUGCAUGAAUAAGACACACAAUCAAAACAAAUGUGCCUGUUUGAUUGUGCCACAGCUUUGCCUUGGUCUGGCAGAAGUACUACCAUCCGCUGUAACUUUAAAGAUCACCUGUUAAUAUGGAUUAAAAUUAUUUUCUUUGUUACUAUAAAAACUUUUUCCCCAUCUUCAUUAGUAUAUAACUGUUUUCAGACAUCAGCGAGAAUUUUAUAAAGUAGCAGUUUCAGGUUAAUUAAACAGGUUGGAGAGAAGUGCAGAGAUUAUCAAGGAUGCUUCUAAGUGUAAUUUCUUCUAUGUAUGCUAUUUUUCUAUCAUGCUUGAUUUGAAGCUCUACAUGGAGAUGGUAAGAUUACAAUGGAGGAUGAAUACUGAUGCACUCCAGUUUUAUUUUCUGUUGUGGGGAGCUGACUGCUAGCCUUCCAAGGAACACGAGCUUUUAUGGUCACAACUUUACUAUAGCAAGGAACAGGGAAAACUCCUAGUAGUGUUUCUUUUGUAGUGAUCAGGCUACAAGAAAAAAAUAGUGUGGGGCCUGUGCUUGGCAGCAAUCAUUUGUCCUCUGGGUAGGUGACAUUUGGAAGCCUGGACCCCUGCAAACUCUUCUUCUGCCCUCCAAAGAAAAAUGUAACUUGAGUUGUUUUUCAUUAAACAGUUAACCUAGGGUUUCAAGCUCUCUUCCUACCUGCACACCAGCUUUUCUAUUCCAAAUUGUUUUAUAGAGAUUUGUCACUUUAGCUCCCUCCUUUGAAGAUUAAAAUAUUGUUACCUGUGUCAGAAAGUAUUUUUUAUAUUGCUGGGGCCACUGAAGGAUUGUUUUCACAAACUCAUUUUCCUUUGGCUUCGAUUGGACUGGACCUAUUUCGAGUCAGUUUUUGUUUCUUAUCUGAAAAGCAGAAACUUUUUAAACUGCUCCAACCUGAUCACUUGUAACCAUACACUGAAAUGAUACAGAAGCUCAUAGCUAGCAUCACUACUGCCCCAUUUGUGACUCCCAGAACCCUGCUGAUGGGCAGGGGAGACAGCUAGGCUGUGGCUGACCUUCAGGGAUGCUUGCAAAUUGACUGGACAUUACCUGGGAAGACUAAAGAGAGGCAGCACCUCCCAGGAAGCUUUCUGCAUGCUAAUGAUGAAGUUGCACCGAAUUUGCCUCUGCAUAUGUGCAGUGUGAGCUGGAUCUGUGCGAGGUUGGUGGUAUCGUACAUCCCAUGCACGCUCUGCUCAUACUGCAAAAGCCACUGCACUAAGUACAUCCUUUACACUUUUGCCACUGCGCUAAAUCUGCAGAGAGUUUUGGUAGACUGCCGAAAGGGUCAUUUUCAAUCAAAGAUGUUCCUCUUGUGUCCUUUCUCAUGCAGAACAUCCAUGUUUUGUUCAUGUAUUCCUCAAAUACCUGAAAUACAAUACUCAAAUAUAUUUCAAAGGUGUUUACUGGUGUGAAAAGAUUUUCUCUAAUGGGGGAAAGAGAUUAUUAUUUCCCUUGAAGACAAAACUACAAAUGCUUUGAUACCUUGAUAGGAAUUUCUCAUGACAGUUAACAUGAUCAACAAGCAGGAACUGGUCUUUGAAGACACAGCUAGGUGACUUGGCCAUCAAAAACAUUGCCUGGCUGUCAGAAGCUGGCUAGUGUUGGCAUAUACAGGUGGCAGCCCCUGCACGGGGGUGAUGAACAGUGGUGUGGAGCAGUAGUGGAAAGGCAGCGUGUCUGCCAUCGCACCCAGGAUGGGACCUCUCAGGUGGGGCUUAGAAAGGUGCUGUUGUAGGCUCCAGAGCCACCUUGUACUGCAUCAUCCUCUCUUGAAAUAUUUUGAAACUGCUCUUUAUAUGUCUAUCUGACUGUUUUCUGGCUUGUGCUGAGGUGGUGGCUGCCUUCCGCUGGCGUCCUAAGAUUAUGCAUGGUUGAGCUCUGAAAACUUGAUGCUUUGUGCCAUAGGCUGGUGCUGGCAGUGCGGCUCCUGGUAUGAGGGCCAAGGGCCACAUCCCCAACGUCCUCCUUCUUAAGGAAAAAAGUAUACAACCUCAAGACUUCAUUAUGAGAAAGAUGUCCUGGAUUAAUAUGAAAGACCAAGUGAAUAACGUGUCAAGAGCUGUUUCAAAGUCUGCAGAAAGCCUGAUGGCAGAUCAGAUCCAGGCAGUGCUGUGGGUUGGAAGGAUCUGAUAUUGAGAAAGGCUGAGCGCUCAGAAUUUCAGCUAAAAUCGAUGGCGUGUGUUCAACACCUUGGAAAACCAACUCCUAAAUCAAUGUCAAUUAAUUCUGAAGUCAAACUGGUUCAGUAGAGGAGACUGAAAAAAUUAGGGGGGUUCUUAACUGGGCAUAUGGAAACUCUUAAGUCCAAUUAUGGGUGGUAGCCAGCUCGCUAUCACCUCCGGGAGGCUGGCUGAAAAAUAGGUUCAAGCAGUGUGUGUCUUUGCUUCUCACUGACCCCCACCCCUCCGCUGGAAAUUUUUAAAAUAUGUUUAACCAAAAAUCGAACUUUCUGCUGAAAUAAAAAGGGGGUAUGUAAUUUGACAA